AUGAUUGCUCCAUGCGCAUGGCUCCAUCUCCUUCAACAUAAUUGGUUCAUUCCCUUGCCAGUGUGUGCUGCCUGCAAAUUUGACUUGAUUCAUCAGUUUGCAGGUAUGAACCACAUGAAGACUGUAGACCAGCAUGACAAGUUUCUCAGUAACAUGUUGGCCCUCCUUGAGUGCAAUGGAGUGCUUUUUGUCAAUGAUCACACCGCGAGGGAGGUGUGGACUGUCCUACUUCGCCAAGUGUUGGAACUUAAACGGGAACAGAAGCUUGCACAAUAUGUGGAGAACAAGGAUGGAUACUUUGAAAUGUGUCGAAAUUGCUAG